CCACGGCCAUUGUGUUUCCCGCACCUAUUCUCUUCUCUUCUCACCUUCGCUAUCUCUCCCUCUGUCUCUGUCUCUCUCUCUCUCGCCCGCUCGCUCGCCAGGCUGGCAUGUUUGACUUUGCAGACAGAGCGACGUGAUGUCUUUCCCUGAUACGCUUCCAGCCAUGGAGCCAUUGGGAACAGGGUCAACGCCAACCAACAGCUCGGCGCUGCCCCUUGCCGGUGCGUCGCCAGCAUCCUCGUCGUUUGAAGAGCUGCAGACUCCACCAGACAGCGCCAAAAAAGGGCAUCGACAAGAUGUCGACGGCGGCAUUGCUGUGCAAAUGCCGUACCUGUACAGUGAGAGGGAAAAGGACGCAUGGCUCGAGGACCCCGAAAUGCCGUUCAACUGGGACAAGCAGAUCAAGUGGAGAGUGGCGGCCUGGCUCUUUCUGUUCACCGUCGCCGUCAACAUGAAUGGUGCUGGUUUCGCACCCGUCGCCUCGGCCGCCGCAGCUGAUCUCAAGACAACAAGACAGGUUCUACUUGUGGGAAACGCCCUCUACUUUAUCGCCCAGGGCAUUGCGCCCCUCGUCCUGGCUCCCCUGUCAGAGUCAAGAGGCCGGGUUGUCAUCUACAGUAUCAGCGGUGCCAUGUUCGCCCUCUUUUACCUUCCCCAGGCACUGGCGCACAAUGCAGAGACGUGGAUCGUCACGAGGUUCAUCCAGGGGUGCGCAGGCUCCGUCGUCGAGGCCAAUAUUGGCGGUUCGCUUGCCGAUAUGUUUCCACCAUCGCAGCGCGGCACCAUCCUCAGCGUCUACGUUGCCAUCGGCUACGUCGGCACAGGCAUCGGACCCGUGAUUAGCGCUGCUGUUUUGCCCAUCGGCUGGAGGUGGCAGGCGUGGCUGGGCAUGAUUGUGGCCAGCUUCACCGCCGUGGGCUUGCUCGUCUUUGGCAAGGAGACGAGGUCCUCGACGCUCUACGCCAGGCGUCAGAGGCGGAAAGCAGCGGCACACGCAGAGAAGGACCCUCUCGACAAGCCCGAAGUAAUGAAAGCUUGGUACGUCGAGACACUCACCAGUCUCUCUCGACCGUCACUCUACCUCGUGGCCGAGCCCAUCGUGACGUGCUUUUCCAUCUGGAUCGGCUUCACCUUUGGCUGCAUCUAUCUCAUCGUCGAAUCGGCCGGCAUCGUCUACUCGUCGCCGCCUACCCAGACGGCAGGCUAUCCACCGUCAUUCGAGUACGGCUACGGAUGGUCGAACCUGGCUUCUUCAGCCGUGCUCUUGGCCUACGUUGCCGGCGCCGGGAUUGGCUUCCUCGCCAGCCUGCACCAGGAGCACCUCUACCAACGCGCUGCACAGAGACAUGCCGGCCGCACCGUUCCGCCCGAGGCGCGGCUCUACUGGAGCGCCGUCGCGGGCCUCGUCUUUUCCGUCGCCUGCCUGUGGUACGCCUGGUCGGGCCGCACGUCGAUCCACCCGGCCGUCUCCGUCAUCGGUCUGUCCUUUGUGGUGGCAGCCGUCUACCCAAUCCAUUACGCCUCGUUUGCCUACCUCUCCGACGCCUACGAGGAGUAUGCGUCGUCUGCGCUGGCUUCGCAGACGCUCAUCCGCACCAUCACUGCCGGCUGCUUUCCCCUCUUUACCGAUCAGAUGUACCGCGGCCUCACGCCGCCCGUUGCCUCCUCUGUCCUGGCAGCCAUUGCGCUCGUCCUCGCCGUCUUUCCCUUUGUGCUGCUGAGAUGGGGUCCAGAGAUCCGGAAAAAGUCAAAGAGAGCCGUCAGGUUCCUUGACGAGUAGAAGUCGUCGGUCAUCAUUGUACAGUACAGUACCAUCUUCACGUUAGUAUCUGCAAUCAGAAAAAGAAGCAAUCAAAAGAAA